AGCACCGGUAUGGAGGGUAUUUUGAUAAAGAUGUUGGUUUGCUAGGCUAAAGCUAAAGCUAGCUGUAAAUAAUGUGCGUUUUAAUGCGGACAGAAAUAAGCAGUUUAGUUUACUAAAGCGACCUUCUCGAGUUAACCUACCGGCUUCUCCUGUAACCCAGUCAGCUGUCAGUCAACCGCUCAGGGCAAACCAGGAAACUCAGAGUUCGCCUCCUUCCCUGAAGUCUGCGGUCGAUCACUGAGGGGUCACAUGAAGGCAGAUAGGAUGAUCACUUUAAUCAAGUUUCUCACUUCUGCACCUCGGACCUGCUUCCUCUGAGAGUCCUGCAGGUCAGACGGAGCGACAUGGAGCUCAGCUGCCAGGACUGGAUGUCCGCUUUACCCGAGGAGCUGUGGGACGUUUCCCUUACAGACCUGGCCAUACCUGGGAGCCAUGAUGCUAUGAGCUACUGUCUGGACAUAAACUCUCCUCUGCUCAGGUCGGAGUCAGACUUUUUCCGGGUCCUGGAUGGACUUUUCUACUGUUUCACAAGGCCGAUCAUUUUCAAAUGGGCCACCACACAGGAUAAAAGCAUCGAGGAGCAGCUGUCGAUGGGGAUUCGCUUCUUUGACCUCCGUGUUGCACAUAAACCUCACGAUUCAUCCAGCGACCUGUACUUCACACAUGUCAUAUACACACAUUUAACAGUUUUGGAAACCCUUGUGUCUGUUGCCACCUGGCUGAAGUCUCACCCAAAGGAGAUUGUUAUCCUCGCUUGCAGCCAUUUGGAGGGAAUGGACGACGCACGCCAUGAAUCCUUCAUUUACUCCCUGAAGAAGCUGUUCGGCUCCAAACUGUGUCCCCAGAAGGAAUCAGUCCUGACCUUGAGGAACCUUUGGGCAUCUGGUUACCAGGUCAUUCUGUCCUACGACUCCCAGGUCGCAGCGAGACAUCAGGAGCUGUGGCCUGCCAUCCCUUACUGGUGGGCCAACAAGCCCACUGCACAAGGAGUGAUCAGUUACUUGGAGUGGAACAAGCAGCAGGGACGUCCAGAGGGAUUCUUUGUCUCUGGCCUGAACCUGACAGCUGAUAGGUGUUACAUUGCCAAGAACCGGAAGGAAUCCCUGCGGACGUUGACCUACAGCAACUGGGACAGUUUGAGUAAAUGGGUGGAGGAGCAGAUACCUGGAUCGGACCCCAAAAGCCUCAACAUCAUCGCUGGAGACUUUGUUGGGCCCCUUCCGCUCUGCUCUCAAGUGAUCGCACUGAACCAAAAACUGCGACGGAGGAAUUCCAUCCAGAUAAAGAAGCAAUAUUAGCUGUGACUCACACACAUCUUACCUCAUUGGAUUUUUACUUAGCUUCUCUCAAUUUAUAUGAAAUGUAAUCAUCGCUGAUUUUUAUCUGCAGUUUCUGUAUUUCUUACAUUCAGUAUAUUUUUUUAUCUAAAUCUAUUAUGUGCCAUCAGUGUAUGUUUACAAGAAAAUACCUUAAACUGUUACAAAUGUGUAUCUUCAGGUAUUUUAAUAUACUGUACAGCAAUAACAUAUCAUCUUAUGGUACAGUUUGCAGUCCUUAACUGCUCCCGCAGCUGCUAUUAUCUGCCUUCGAACAGUUUCCUGUAGCGUCCGUGAGCGGCGGCGCUGAUGAUGACUCUGACAACAGCCGAUCCUUCGUCUGCGUUCACCUGCACGUCCUGAACGGUUGCUUCUUUGUACAGCCAGCUGUGGAUGAGAAUGCACGCUUACCACAGAUGCUUUGCUAUUCUAAACGGUAAUAAUCAUGAUACGCUGACAGGAACAGAUCAGCGCUCUCACCUGAGCUGAGGAGUGCUGAGGUUAACUGUGAGGUCUAAAAUUUGUUUCCCUGUAGACUUUAAAAUCUGCUCUUCCACUGCUCGCUGCAGCUCAUCCAGGCCUCGCUCCUCCAGGGCAGAGAUGGGCAGAGCGCCGGGCUCUGCAGGCUGAUAGCUGAUAGACACAAAGAAAAACAGAUCAAUAAAACGCUGCCACUCAUAAUAACAGAAAUGACUGUGGGCUCUCUGGAGGCGAUUUGUGUCUGUCUUUCCAACUUGUCAUGCUGUGACUAAAUGUUGCUCUGCAUUGAGACAUUCUACCAUUAAAUGUGCAUUUUAGCUCUUU